AUGAGUUGCCCGCCUGAACCUGAUCCCUGUGCCCAAGUAUGUCCACCACCCCCUCCACCCCCACCCUGCAAGGUAAAACCCAUCAUGCGAGGUUUGCAUUGGGCACAAACUAAGCGAGUACUUGCACAAGCAUUAAUGGUUACGGCUUUAGCUGGCAGCUGUGUUUACUUCUUCAUAGGAGUGCCACGGAAGGCCAAAUAUAAGGAAUUUUAUGCGAGAGCCGAAUUCGAAGAUUGGGCCGAUGAAAUGGCAAGAAAAGGCUUAUUUCAGUCAGUACCAGUGAACUCUAUAAAAGAUAACACUCAAACGAAAGGAAAAUAAUGUCUCUACUUCUCCAUAAAUUAUUAUUUAACCUACU